AUGAAGCUGACGCAUUGUCUUCUCUCCAGUCUUGUAGGACUCGUGGCUGCCCAGGAUCGACUUUUCUCGUCGGCGUUUGGCUACCCCGGUCGGGAUGCUAGCUAUGACUACAUCGUCAUUGGCGGCGGCACCGCAGGCCUCACGAUAGCGUCCCGCCUCGCGGCAACAUCUGCAUCCGUCGCUGUCGUCGAGGCCGGCGGCUUCUACGAGGUUGAGAAUGGCAACAACAGCGUUGUUCCUCUGCUUUCUCUCACCGGCAUUGCCUUCAUCGAUCCCACGCCCGAAUUCACCCCACAGCCUUUGAUGGACUGGUCGCUCGUCUCGGAACCGAUCCCCGGCGUGGGUGGCCGGAGGGUCCACUAUGCACAGGGCAAAACUCUUGGCGGUUCGUCCGCGAUCAACACGAUGUCGUACAUCCGCGGAACGAAGGGCUCGUACAACCUCUGGGCCGAAACUGUCGGCGACGACUCGUUCAAAUGGGACAACAUGCUGAAGUACUUCAAACGAUCGGUUCAUCUCACACCGCCGAAUGAGGAGAAACGGCAGAAUACCAACGCGACCGUUGUGUUUGAUGCUUCUGAUUACAGCGGGGACGGUGGACCUUUGCAAGUUUCGUGGAACAAUUGGGUUGAUCCGACUUUGACAUGGCUUGCAAAAGUCAUUUUGAGCCUUGGCUUGACAAUUAGCCCAAAAGGUUUCAGCAGUGGUGAGCUUGUCGGCCACGGCGCUUGGGUUCCAUCGACAAUUGAGCCCGAGAAAGCUCACAGGUCAACCAGCGAGAGCACGUUCUUGCGACAAGCAAUCAAGGAUACGGGCAUUAUCGUGUAUACCCACACUCAAGCCACCAAGAUCUUGUUCAACGGCACUCAAGCCACUGGGGCCAGCGUCAACUCACAAGGUGUUGACUACACCCUAUCAGCGCGCAAGGAGGUCAUUCUUUCCGCAGGGACGUUUCACUCUCCACAACUUCUCCAAGUAUCGGGCAUUGGCUCCCGGGAACACCUCGAGGCUUUAUCGAUUCCAGUGAUAGCCGAUGUCCCCGGAGUAGGACAGAACCUCCAAGAUCCUAUCCAGAUCUUCGUCGCGUACCCUGUUAGCACGCCCUCAGCGCAAUCCCUGACUGCAGAUCCAACGUUAAACUCAAUGUUUAUUGAAGAGUAUCUCAAAUCUGGAAGUGGGCCGUACAGCUCGGCUGCAGGAUUCUUGGCCCACGAGCGCCUCCCGAACUCAACGCUCGCCAAACUCUCGCAGGAUACACGUGAUAAGCUCGCAUGGGUCCCUUCGGAUUGGCCGCAGCUGUCGUUCAUUGUGGGCUCUUUCUCUACAGGUCCAGGACAAACCAGCGGCACUCUCGCCGCGUACCUUCCCCUGGUCUUCUCCCGAGGCAAUGUCACCAUUUCAUCGCCUUCAGUACUGAAGAACCCACCCAAAAUCAAUCUGAACUGGCUCUCUGAUCCCGCAGAUGUUGAGCUUGCCGUGAUGGCCGUUAAGCGUCUCCGCACAGCAUGGGCUUCAGACUUCGCCAAUACCCCAGGCUUCAAAGCCGGCCCAGAAGGACUUCCCGGAGACGCGGUGCAGACUGAUGAAGAGAUCUUGGAAUAUGUCAAGGCUAAUGUCGGCCAGGUAUGGCAUCCAGUUUCAACAUGUGCCAUGGGCAAGGAAGAGGAUGUUCAGUCCGGCAAAGCGGUCGUUGACAGUCAUGGGAGGGUAUUUGGCGUUCAGGGGCUGAGGGUUGUGGAUGCAAGCACCUUUCCUUUUGCCGUUCCUGGACAUCCACAGUCUGCUGUUUAUGCGCUAGCAGAGAAGAUUGCGGAUGAUAUUGUUUUUGGUAAUUGA